AUGUUCCAGCGGACGACCAAGCCGGGCGAAAACCCCGACGACUCCUCGUCCAAUACUGCCAACUCGCGACGACGCUCAGCCCCUCCCGCGUCCGAAUCCGACAGUCACCAGGAGGUCGGCGUGAGCAGGGUCGAGGCCUUCAACAAGCAGCUGUACCAGUCCGGCAAGAGAGGAAAGCUGUUGCUCUGGCUGCUCGCCAUCUCUAUUGGGCUGACCAUGUUUGCCUACGCUCUCGACAUGGGCAUCACCACCGGCAUCUUCAGCACCUUGGCCACCUCGAGCUUUGGCGUCCACAGCGAGCUCGGCGCCGUCAGCACCGCCAGCCAAAUCAUCCGCGCCGUCAGCAAGCCCUUCAUUGGCAAGAUGGCCGACAUCACCUCGCGCCCGACCACCUACGUCGUCAUCCUUGCCUUUUACGCCGUUGGCUUUGCUGUCGCCGCCAGCGCUCGCAAGUUUGCGUCCUACACGGUGGGCAUCUGUUUCACCUCAGUGGGCAAGUCGGGUCUCGAUCUUCUCAGCGACAUCAUCGUCGCCGAUCUGACGCCUCUCGAGUGGCGGGGUUUUUUCAGUGCCUGCCUGUCUUUCCCCUUUGUAGUCACCGUGCCCGUCAACGGCUUCAUUGCCGAGGGCUUUGUCGACAACUGGCGAUGGGGCUUGGGCAUGUUUGCCAUUCUCGUUCCCGCUCUUCUUGUCCCCGCCAUCAUGGCCCUUUACUCGAUGCAGCGCCACGGUGAAAAAGCCGGCAUGGCUACCAUGGCCGAUUCCAAGAAUGUUCGUACUGGCGUUGCCGAUGCCUCGCCUAAAAGCUUCCGAUAUUGGGCCAAGUUGGCCUACCAGGGUCUCAUCGACAUUGACAUUAUCGGCCUGGUCAUUCUCGGUUUAGCUUUUUCCUUGAUUCUCUUGCCCUUCACCCUGGCCAAGAAGUCUCAGGGUGGUUGGAGUAAUCCUAGCAUGAUUGCCAUGUUGGUCAUGGGCUUCAUGUGCCUCCUCAUUUUCGUGCUCUUCGAAGUCUUCCUCGCGCCCAAGCCCCUCAUGACGAAGCGCAUACUCAAGAAUCGUGCCUUCAUUGCCGUCGGCCCCGUCGUAGGUCUGGUCCACCGCGUCUCUCAUCGCUACAAGACCGUCAUGGUCAUUGGUGCCGCGGCCAAGAUUCUCGGCUACGGCCUCCUCAUCUUGUCCAAUGGCAACAUGACUCAGGACACUGUCCGCCUUGUUGCUGCGCAGCUCAUCUUCUGUCUCGCCUCCCUCAACAUCGUCGGCGCCCGUGUUGGCGUCCAGGCCUCCGUUCCCCACGAGGAUGUGGCCUCCAUCAUCUCCAUCAUCACUCUAUGGUCCACCCUGGGAUCCAGUAUUGGCAGCGCCAUUGCCUCCGUCAUAUGGACUAACCAGAUGCUUGACCAGAUGCGCGAGGAGCUUCCUGGAGUCCCUGACAAGACUAUUCUCGCGAUCUACGGUAACAUCAAGACGCUUCGCACCAAGUACGGCUUCAUGGACCCCAUUCGCCAGGGCUCCACCCGUGCCUAUGCCAUUGUCAAUGGUCACAUCACCAUUGCUUCCAUCUGUCUGGCUGGUCUCCCUCUGAUUGCUUCGUUCUUCAUGCCCAACUACUACCUCGGCAAGCAGCAGAACGCUGUAAACAACAAGGGCCUCGAUGGCGUGGUCGUUGAUGUGCCUGAUCAGCGUGGAGAGGAGGACGAGUCGGUCGCUACUCAGCCCAAGCGUGCGUCACUGUGGCAGAAGGUGCUUGCUAUGUACCGCAGGUAA